AUGUCAUUGAAACCAUUUACGGGGUUACUAUUCUGUUGCACUGGGUUAGAAUCAACAACACGACGAGAGGUGGUAGGAAAAAUAGAGACCCUUGGUGGUAUUCAUUAUUCAGAUUUAAUGACAGAUGUCAAUUAUCUUAUAGUAGGGGACCGAGACACUGAGAAGUAUAGAUUUUGCAUAAAGUAUAGACCAGACAUUAUAUUUAUAGAUGCUGAUUCCAUUUUCACGAUUCAUAAACAUUGGAUAAACGGUGAAGAUGAAAGCCUGGAUUUACUACGAAUAGAGAAAUAUGGGUUGGCAAUAUUUGCCCAGUUGAGUGCAUGCUUUUCGAGAAUAGAAAUGACAAUCUCUCAGAUCGAUCAUUUAGUCAACACGGUAAAAUUUCGAGAGCAUACUAACACUUCACCCGAGUAUUUUCGUCCCAAGAAUUUGUUCAAGUUGUUUGUUGAUAAUGGUGGUGUUGCCAAAGAGUCCUUACUGUGUCACCAAAAAUUUAUCAUCACUGCUGAUCCACGAGGUACAAGAUACAACAAGGCUCUCGAAUGGAAUGUUCCUGCAAUACACCCUAUUUGGAUAGUUGAUAGUAUACUAAGAGGUGCAGCCUUAGAUUGGAAAGAUUAUAUUUUAAGCAACGAUCCAAAUGAUUGUUACGAUAGAGGAUGUGCUGUUUGGCCUGAAGUUUUUGAUUAUCAGGAGAAACAGAAACAGAAAUCCCAGCAGAAGCAGAAAAGAUCAGAGUCAGUAGAGCCAGAAGUAAAACGGAAAAUCACAAAUAAUAAAACUAAUACUGAUAUUUGGAAUUCAAUAAUGGACCACACUAAGAAACAGACAAAGCAAUUGAUUCAUGACAGGACAUGGGAUGAUGAUGAUGACGACGAUGAUGAUGACGAAGAAGAUAUUGAAACCAAAGUUGAAAAAGACAAUGGAAAUGGAAAUAAAAAGACUACUACUAAUAACGAUAACCAAAAACCCGAAUUAAACGGUAAGAAUCUUCGUGUGGAUCUUAAAUUGGUUUCUGAAAGUAAAGAAAGUCUGCCGAAUGUUCUGGAAAGUCAAUUAUUCUUAGGGUUUAAUUACUACACGGUUGGUUUUGAUUCUCGUGAAUUUGACUUAUUAUCCAAGGCAAUUGAAAACUACCUGGGUGAAAUAUCUGAUGACCCAAACGAUGAUUCUAUCACACAUGUCGUUAUUCCAGCGAAAAAGGGGUACCAAUCUGUGCUGAUUUUAAAAGUCCUACCUGCUGACCUUAAGCUGAGAAUUACCAAUGGGUUUGUUAAAGUUGUUACCGAGUUUUUUAUCGAAAGAUGCAUGUUUUACAAAAAAAUUAUAUUAGAUAGAUGGGGGCAACCAAUGAAGGGAUUAGUGCCGUCCAAAAAAUCAUUUAGAAUUUGUACAUCGGGAUUUACUGGCAUUGAAUUAUUACACAUUGAAAAACUAAUAGGAGCAUUGAACUUUGAGUACUGUGAGACCUUGUCAGAACAGAGAGAUUUGCUAAUUUUAAAUAUCAAUUUAUUUAAACCGAGUUUUGUGAAGAAUUCACCAAAGCUAUUUCAGUACAAAUGUAAGGACAUUAUCAAUUGUCCAACUGGUGGAUCAGUAUCGGUUAUGUCAUCUAAAAACAAAAUUGAUGCUGCAAAACGAUGGAAUAUCCCAGUUGUCUCGGUUGCGUAUUUGUGGGAAAUUUUAGAACUCUCGACUAACAAAUCGCAUCUUAUCAUGCCCGAUAUUACAGAUUUACAGUGGUGUAUUUUUGCACCUAGCAACUAUAAUAAACCGAAAUCAUUAUUGGAGUAUGUAAAGAAUUUGGAUAAAGCCAGUAGAGAAAGUUCCUUUGGUCCCAAGAGUCAAGAAAUUGAUGCACAAGAACAACCUACAAUGGAUAAUCUGGUGAAGUUGCCCUCACCACGAAGAGUUAACCUGAAACAAAAAUAUGGUAAAUUGGUACGAGGUAAAUCUCCGAAAUCAAUUAAACGGAAAUUACUAGAAGCUGCAAAUUCGUUUACUGAUGGUCAAAAUGAUCACGAUAUUAAUCCAGAUGUAACACUUGAAGAGGACAUGAUGUCACAAAUAAGAUAUCAAGACAAUGAGUCUAUGAUCAACCAAGAAAGAUUAUUAGAGAAAUUGGAUGGAUCAGCUUUACCACUGGAGACCCUGAUACAGCAUACCAGUAAACGGAGUAGAAAAAAAUAA